UGUUCCGAGCUCAAAAGCCAAGAUGGGAAAGAUCAUCUUCUACGAGGACAGGAACUUCCAGGGCCGCUCCUACGAGUGCAGCUCUGACUGUUCUGACCUUCACUCCUAUUUCAACCGGUGCAACUCCAUCCGUGUCGAGAAUGGAAACUGGAUGCUGUAUGAACAUCCCAACUACACCGGGCACCAGUACUUCUUAAGGAGGGGGGAAUAUCCUGACUUCCAACAAUGGUUGGGAUUCAAUGACUCCAUCAGAUCCUGUCGUAUCAUCCCUCAGCAAAGGGGAUCCUAUAGAAUAAGGGUCUACGAAAGAGAAGAUUUCAGAGGGGAGAGCAUGGAGUUCUUAGAUGAUUGCCCAUCUGUCUAUGAUCGUUUUAAUUAUCAUGAUAUCUACUCUUGUAAUGUGUUUGAUGGCCACUGGAUCUUCUACGAGCUGCCCAAUUAUAGAGGACGUCAGUAUUACCUGAGACCUGGAGAGUACAGGAGAUUCACCGACUGGGGUGCCAUGAAUGCUAGAGUUGGCUCUUUCAGACGUGUCAGAGAAUCAUAUUAAACAAGUUGUUGAUAAAGCUGAUGCCCUAGCAUUAAAAUAAAAAAUAACAAAAAACCUAA